AACGAUAAUUUUUUUGUUGGUCUAUUGUGAUCUACGUAGUAGGUGAGGAACAGAACGUCAAUUUAGUGGCAUAAAUUCGUCGAAACAUCAUUGCAAAAAUGUUCUCCAGAGCCGCACUCCUUACAGCUCAGCGCCCAUUGACCCUGGUGGCCAGCCGUUCGGCAGCUGCCGCCGCUGCUUCCCCAUCCGGUGGCGGUGCCGUCGAGCGCCGCCAGCGUCCCGAGCAUCCCGGCAAGGUGCGCUUGGGCUUUCUGCCAGAGGAGUGGUUCCAGUUCUUCUACAAGAAGACUGGCGUCACCGGCCCCUACACAUUCGGCGUGGGUCUGAUCACCUAUCUGUGCUCCAAGGAAAUUUAUGUCAUGGAGCAUGAAUAUUACAGCGGUUUGUCGCUUGGUAUUAUGGCCAUCAUUGCGGUCAAGAAACUGGGUCCAGCCGUCGCUCGCUGGGCUGAUGGUGAGAUCGAUAAAAUUGAAGGUGAGUGGAAGGAGGGUCGCGAGGCAGAGCUGAAGGUUCUCGCCGAUGCCAUUGAGGACGAGAAGAAGGAGCAGUGGCGCGCCGAUGGUGCCCUGAUGCUGAUGGAAGCCAAGAAGGAGAACAUUGCCCUUCAAUUGGAGGCAGCGUUCCGCGAGCGUGCCAUGAACGUUUACUCGGAGGUUAAGCGUCGCUUGGACUACCAGGUGGAGUGCCGUCACGUCGAGCGUCGUCUCAGCCAGAAGCACAUGGCCAACUGGAUUGUGGCCAAUGUGCUGUCGAGCAUCUCGCCCCAGCAGGAGAAGGAGACGCUGAACAAGUGCAUCGGCGAUUUGAGCGCCUUGGCUCUGCGUGUUAAGGCCACAUAAACGACUCGAGUUCUUAAUUGUUAAUUUGUAAAAAUACAACACACACACAAACACACAAAAAUCUGUGCGAAGUAGCAAAAAACAAAAACGGGCAAAAUGUACCACAAAAUGUUUAAAAUCAAUACAAAUGUAUGUCCAAUCGGAUAAAAUUCUCA